GCGUGUUCUCCAUAGAUCGUGGGAGAACUUACAAAACCAUUGGGAGACACAAGACGGACACACAAGAGCAAUGAAUUGUAGACGCUUAAACUACUGGUCCGAGAAUCUGAAAAAGUUUGAAAACAUAUCGCAAGAGGAGAGCGGUACGGCGCCCCUUGAAGGUCCCUUAUGGCCAACUCCCAUGCCCGAUACACAAGAUCUCCCGUUACGUGCACCGCAUGUCCUCGACUCGCCACCGAGGAAACCUUGCUUCGUCGGUUACAAGAGAGACGCUCCCAAACCGGAGUUCAAACCGCAUGACUCUGUCGCCGUGAACAACUUCGUCGUGUUCCGCGCGCCCGACGAGUAUGUUGAAAAGGGCUGCACAUUUUGGAUAGGGCGUGUUAUGGAGCGGGAUGAUAGUCGUACUCACGUCAAGUAUUGGACACCUUGUGGAAGGGAUCGCGACUUAUCGAAGCUGUAUGCAGACGCAUGGGCAAAGAAGUGGAAGGUUGAAACUGAAUCCGCCGAAGGAUGGCAAGACCUCGACGUCAUUGUGUGGGCAUGGGCCAACAACAAACGGUCCGAGACAGGCAAUCGACUGGACAGUUUUGGGCCCUCGAUUGAAUUGUGGUACGACGAGGAGCACUUGCAAGUUCUCAACCUCGCCAAGACAGCGGGGAGUGAUGCAAACAACGCAAGGCAAGGCAGUGGCAAGUGGACCAAAGCAUUUUACGAGUUGGGGAUAGUUCACAUGUGGGGGGAGGGUGGGCGUGAGGCAUCAGUGGCAUGCGUCGCGUUCUGUUCUAAUGACGGCCUGACACGGUGCACGACACGGAUUGAACGAAAGAAGGUGUCAUCGAUGGAGCAAGAGACCACCAUGCAAAGGGCAAUAUUGAAGUAUAUCAGACAUGUAUGCAACGAAAUCAGAGAUGCAAUGUUGCGCUUCAUCAACGAAAGGUCGAGGAUCAUCAUUCACGUGGCGACGACUUUAAUGACAUGCCACAACGAAGAUGGGCAAAAAUAGAAACUGAAAAAAACUAACACAAUAACAAAGUUUAAUAUUGUCG